CGCGUCGCACCGGCUGCGCAGUCUCGUCGACUCCGACGAACGGCGUAGUGAGUAUCGUUAUCCCGUAUUGGUUCACGUCGAUUAUACUCCGCGUGAAUAACGCGCUCAUUGUCACGAGUCUCUCUUUGUCCUCCUCUUUCUCUCUACCUUCCUCUUUCCGCCGACGUCGACGUUGGGUCGCGUCAAGCCGAUCGCGCGGCGGCUAUGCCGCGGAACGCGCUGCGUGGCUCAUCGGGUCGGCUGACGGCGCCUCGACCGCCGUGCGGAUCGCGCGCGCCGUGGUAGCCGAGGAGCGGCGUAGCGAGAGCGCGCGUACGCGUCAAUGAGUUGCCGUCGACGACGGCGCCGCACGUCAGCGCGUCGCGUUGCGUCAGUGUCGACCGAGAAACGAUAAGAAGCGGGGAAGCGGACGGAGCGGACGAGCGACGGUCGACAGCCGGGAGGGUAUCGCGCGAGCGGAAGAGGAGGCGGAGGUGUCCAGAAGGAAGAAAAGGACGGUGUCUCAUCGCGUCGCCGUCGUCGUCGUCGUCGGUGGUGUUUCGUGUGCGGGUGUGCGCGCAUGUGUGCGGUUACGGGCGGCGGAUCACUCGGCGUUGAGGAGGACACGGCGGACGGAGGCGGGAGUCGCGGGCAACGCGAGACACGAUGACGGCGAUGCUGGUGUCCGUGGCCGAAUUGUCCAACAUCUUCUCGGUGCUCGCCGUGCUGAUAUGUUUCUGCGGGGUGAUUCUCUUCAUCAUGAGAAACAUGAUGGUACUUCGCGUCCACGGCGACGACCUGAUGUUUGGUGGCGGUGGCAGCGGUGUGAUAACGCAUUCGCCACGCAUACCACAAAUGGAGAUGAUGAAGGUUCACAUUCCCUUCACCUUCAAGCUGCACGAGAGCUUCAAGAGCACGUACGCCGAAGUAGAGUGCGAGGUGUCCAGCCAAGUGGAGUACUCAUUGCAGGCGAUCUGGGGUGUUAGCAUCAGGGAGCUGCAUCUGGCGCUCUGGAAACCUUGGAGCACGUUGCGGGAUGCAUCUUUGAACGGGACCCUGCUGCAAGGCCAUGCGCAAUACCUCACGCCGCCACAAACUAGACAGCCGCAUGGGGAGGAGACGCUGAGACUAUCGCUCCCAGCUCCGGAACUAGAGCUUGGCACUCCGCCGCGGCUCUGUUAUCCUCUGGUGAUCUUUUUGACCCGAAGAGACAACCGGGAUCCACAUCCCGACGAAACCGUGGCACUGGUGAACGUCGUUCACAUUAAGGACAGCGUGUGUACGCUGCCGACUUCGAUCCUGGCGCAGUACUUGAAGCAGGCGAACGGCCAGCUGUCUUGCUUAAAGCAAUUAUACCUGGCCACGGGUAACUCGAGCAACUACGACGAGAGCGAUGCGAUGUCGUCGGCGGGAUUGGGCUCACCGGCGUUAGCACUCGCCGAGCCAUGCAACAACAACGGUGCCGCGAACGGCGGCGGCGGUGGCGGAGGCGGCCGCGGUACUCUGGUAGCAUCCGGCCAGGGUGGCGAUCAGGAGGGUGGCUCCUUGUGGAAUACCGCCGGCGAGCAGUUGUGCGUCGUUUGCCAAUACUUCCCGCUGUCGCGCGCUCUGCUGCCGUGCCGGCACACCUGCAUAUGCGCCUCGUGCUUCGGCAAGCUCGAUCGUUGCCCGAUGUGCCGCAGCCCCAUCAAGAGCUACUUCUGCAUACGCAGCGAGGAGUAUAUGCCGGCGGAGAAAGAGAUCAACCCAUGCAAGCAGCGGCAGCCGAGCCACGGUCCUACUCACUGGCUCCACGACUGGAACGACCGGCUCACCGAUUUCCUCGGCUUCGCCCGAUAGAGAGAGAUCUCGUGUCGCGCUGAGGUCACGCGCAUGCCUUGUAUACUGAACAUUUUAGAGUGGUUCGAAGGCUUUUUGUUCGUUAUGGGUAACUUCUGUAGAUUAUUCCUGUGAAUUCAAGGUGAGAACGGCGCGAUGAUUCGAGCGUUGAAUAAAUUGUUAUAAUCCAUUUCCACGAAAUGAGAUUAUUAAUGUCAAUUUUUUAUUCUUGAAGAGUUAAAGUUAUUUUUAAAGAGGAAGAAAAGGUUUAAGAUCAACCGAUACAUAUGAAAGUAAUCAGAUAAGCGAAAAAUCGAUAUUCUUCUAAAGAUUUAAGAGCAAAUUUCCGUACUGCAACUUGAAAGAUAUAACAGUUGACGAAUAGAAAAAAAUUAAAAGGGGAAAUCGAUAAUAAAUCGAUACACAUGAAAGUUAGAUUUCGCUUAUAGUAUAGAGUAAAAAAUAUGUUGCCUUAAUUUACGUGGGAAUAAAUCAAUAGAAUUUACCUAUGAAACAAAGUGUCAACCAUUUUGACUACAUUUCGAUUAGAUCAUAUCGUUUGAUCAUAAGUGGGGUGCGGAAGUUCAUGAGGAUUCACGGUAAGACGACCCGACUGCUUAUUCGGUGACGUACGUGCAAAUUGUUCUCGAGUAUAGAGUAUAAAAGGUGUCGCUUUUCCAAUUAUAACUUUUGUGAUCAAUUUGAAAAUAAUUUAUU